AGAUCACUAGCUUUGCCGCCGUCUUGCAGAAUGUUAAGCUUUGAUGAACUUCUUAGCCAUGUGGGAGACUUUGGUCGAUAUCAGCAGAAAAUUUCUGUGUUAGGGUGUCUACCACUCGCACUUUUUGCGUUUGUGUUGGUCGGGGUCGUGUUUUUGGGCAAUUCUCCGGAACACUGGUGCAGAAUUGAUCACGCAGAGCGUAUCCAGGGAGACUGUGGCUGGAGUGAGAGGGAGCUGCGGCAGCACGCUGUACCCCUUGGAUCCUUCGACCGCUGCCGGAACUUUGAUGUUGAUUGGAACGCGAGUUUUAUUAACUGCAGCAACUUCAGUCAACUCUCCAGUAGGCCUACCUUUGCUGAUGCACCUGGACCCAAAUCAUGCGAAAAUGGAUGGGUGUAUGACUCGAAUCACACAACAGUUGUGACGGAGUUCUCCCUGGUAUGUGACAAGUCCUGGUUAGCCGAUCUCAACCAGGUAUUUCUAGCUGUAGGCUUCUUCAUUGGAGCACUGAUCACUGGAUAUCUUGCAGACAGGUUUGGCAGGAAGCCAUGUUUCCUGGUCUCCAUGCUUGGUCUCGGUCUGUCUGGGGUGGGCGUGGCCGUCUCCUCCCUCUAUCCUUUGCUACUGGCAUUCCGCUUCCUCCAGGGCUUCUUUGCAAAGGGAGCUUGGACAGCCACUUAUGUCCUUGUAAUUGAAUUCUUUGGAUCAAGGAACAGGAAAUUUGUGUCUGUCUUAUCACGAACGACCUACUCCAUUGGCAUGGUGAUUCUGCCAUGCUUGGCCUAUUAUAUCCAGUCCUGGAGGACCCUGCAGCUGGUCAUGACCAUCCCAACAUUUAUGUUUCUGGCUUACUACUGGCUUGUUCCAGAGUCUCCUCGGUGGCUGAUAUCACAGAGGAGAACAAAGGAGGCUAUGGUUAUUGUGGAAAGCAUGGCUAAAUGCAACAACACAUGUCUGCCAGAACACCUCCGGGUGGUCGAACCCCUCACAGAAAAGGAGGAAGAUCUGAACCGCCCUUCUUUUAUCGAUUUGUUCAGGACUCCAAACAUCAGGAGAAACUCUUUUAUCCUCAUUUAUGCCUGGUUUACAAGCACAGUUGUGUUCCAGGGAUUGGUGCUUCGUCUGGGAAUUACAGGAGACAAUGUGUUCUUAGACUUCUUAAUCUCAGCAGUAGUUGAGAUUCCCACUGGGCUGAUUUUCUAUCUUACUGUGGACCGGUUUGGACGGCGCCCCCUCAUGGCCACAUCAAACUUCAUUGGUGGCGUCUGUUGUCUGGUGGUUCCAUUCGUCCCGUUAGAACUUCUGUGGUUGAAGAAAACAGUGGCUAUACUUGGAAGAUUGGCUGUUGCAAUUGGAUUUGAGACAGUGAAUUUUGCCAAUUCAGAACUGUACCCCACUCCUCUCAGAAAUCUGGGCGUAUCUGUAUGUUCCUCAGCCAGUGACAUAGGUGCUGUGGUGGCCCCAUUCUUAUUGUAUAGGCUGGCUAGCGUCUGGCAGGAGCUUCCUCUCCUCCUUUACGGUACGAUGUCUGUGCUAUACAGCGCAUUGGUCAUGCUUUUACCUGAAAUGAGAGGCGUAAACCUGCUUGAGACUAUAGAAGACCUGGAGAAUAUGAAAAGGACCAAUUGCUUCUGUAAGGAUAAGAAGAAAUCAGAUGGCAUCAUCUGACUGCACAUUGCUAAUCUCUAGAGCUCAUCAAGAAGCUUCAUCCAAUCACGUCACAUGGCACCCAUGGAUGUGGAUGUAAACAUUUUGAAAGCUCAGAUGUCGUGUAGAUUGCACAGUCACUAUAGGAGCCCAAUUUGGAGUAUCACACACUUGACUGCACUAUACUCAUUAAGCAGCAUUUCUGGUUUAGACAUCUUUGCAGUAACAGUUUGUGGGUCAUGUGGGUGGUCUGGGCAUUUGGGUUUGUAUGUGGAUAUAAAAAGACUGCAUUUGGUAGCCAAUAUUCUGUGAACUCUUAGGGAUGUCCAUUUUUGCUGAAUUAUCGCAUGUAACGGAAAAACAAUGCCGUAAUUGUAUGAGAGAAAUGUAUUGGUGACCCACAAAUUGGUCUUUGUUUCAUUGUGUGUUCUCAUGUAUGGUGUCUGGCGGCAUGAGAAAGAUACCUCAUUAAAAGAGUGGUAGAGGAAAGGGGGGGGCAUUAUUUAA